AUGUCCUCAACCAACGAGGAGGACCCCUUCCUCCAGGUCCAACAAGAUGUCCUCAGCCAAAUCUCCUCCAUACGACCCCUCUUCGCGUCCUACCUCCGCAUCCGCUCCCUCGCCUCCUCCUCAACCUCUCCCGAACUCACAUCCGCCCGCGCCGAGCUCGAGAGCGCGCUCUCCUCCCUCGCCGAGGACCUGGCCGACCUCGUCGCCUCUGUCCAGGCCAUCGAGUCCAACCCGUCCCAGUUCGGCAUCUCCGACCACGAGGCCUCCCGCCGGAAGCGCCUCGUCCAGGAAGUCGGCGCCGAGAUCCAGGACAUGCGCGAGGAGCUCAACAAGAACAUCACCGCCGCCGCCUCCUCCUCCAGAAAGGCCGGAAACGGCGCCGAGCUGCCGGAUCCGAGCUCGUUUGCGAUUGGCGACGGCGAUGGCGCGGGCGAUGCGUACAAUGAGUUUGAGCAGCAGCAGCAGAUGGAGAUGAUGCAGGAGCAGGAUAGACACCUCGACGGGGUGUUUCACACGGUGGGCAACUUGCGCCGUCAGGCGGAUGACAUGGGCAGAGAGCUGGAAGAACAGAAUGAGAUGCUGGAGGUGGUGGACGAUUUGGCGGACCAGGUGGGGAAUCGCUUGCAGACUGGCAUGGCCAAGCUGCAGUAUGUGAUGCGCAAGAAUGAGGACCGCUUAAGCAGCUGCUGUAUUGCGGUUCUGAUCUUUGUUCUGAUUCUGUUGCUGGUCCUUUUGUUGAUCUUGUAA